UCUCCACGUGGCCACCCUGUCCUGUAACCAAUGGCAACAUCGGUCCAGACCCUUCCUCUGAGCCGUGACCCCUACUCGACCCCUACCCGGCCCACAGCCCUACUGGCCCGGUGCAGUAUGGGUAGUGUAGGCAGCCUAGUGGAGCGCCCGGACGGGUCCCCAGCUAAAGGCAGCCGGGCCGUGCCCCAGGUGGGACCCAGACAGACCAACAGGUUAUUAAAGAAAGGCUUCAACCAGAGAGAGCUGCUCAACUACCUCAACAUCACCAGGAAAGAGGCCAAAGUGGGUAGCGGCCCAGGCAGCAGUAGGAAGGACAUCUUCUCCAGCAUGCAGUCCAUGAAGAGAGAGCAUGGACAUGAGGAGGAACACAUCAAGCUCUACUACAAAGACCGAACUGAGGUGGACGUUUCAAAGCACUCCCUGCCAAUUGGAGGGAAAUAUGAGAAGUCUCGUCUCAGGCCAUCUGCCUUCAAGCCCGUCACACCUCAGAACUUCAGUUCCAUGCAGAACCUCUACCCUGCCAAGAUGGAGGACUCAGACCAGGGCCUGUCCAACGGGCUCCACCGGGCCUACGCACACACACCUAGAGCUGUCUCCACCUCCUCUUCCUCCUCCUCACCCUCCCGCCACGGAGGACCCACUUCCAGCGGAACCAAGGCGGUGGCGUCAGUGCGUGGUCUGAGUCAGGAGGAUGAGAACCUGUCAGACUCUGGUCAUAACUCCAUGAACAGUCUUCCUCCAUACAGACCUCCCUUCAGACCACAGCUGGCUCACAUCAGUGCCUCCAUGGGCCACAUCAACUCCAUUGGCUCUCUGGACCGAGCAUCAAAGGUUGUGGGGUCGUCGGGGGUCGCCAUGGCGGAUAUGACCAUGUCAUGCCAUAGCAUGGGAACGCUCAGCCGCCUGGCGCCAUACGGAGGGGAGGCUCCGCCCCCUUAUGAACUGUCACUCUCUGUAGAGGAGGUGGUGCGUGAUCUGGAGGAGAGGCUGGUGGAAAAGGAACAUGAGCUGAAACAGAUGAGGAGGAACCUGGAUGAGAGUGAAGGAGCCAUCGCGCAGGUGUUUGAAGGUAAACAGCGUCUGUGGGAGAAGGAGUUGGAGGAGUUGAAGCAUCUGUACACCGCCAAGCUGCGACAGGUUUCCCAGCAUGCUCAGCAUUCAGAGCGUGCACUGCAGCUGCAGCUGUACAAGGCCCAGCAGGAGAAGAACAGACUGCAGGACGAACUGAAUGCUCUGACGGGGGAGACAGAGAGAGGGGAGGGGAGUCUGAAGGGAACCAGCCCUACUCUGGAGGAGACUCAGUGGCAGGUGUGUCAGAAGUCAGGUGAGAUCUCGUUGUUGAAGCAACAGCUGCGUGAUUCCCAGGCGGAGGUGACCAGCAAGCUGUCAGAGCUGUUCCAGCUGAAGACCCAGCUGAGAGAGACCAGAGGAGAGCUGCAGAGCCGUGAUGGACAGAUAGACACGCUGCAGACAGCCCUACAUGGUGCGCAACCACGACGACAGGGGAAAGGGGGAGCGGAGGAGAGUGGGACACUAGGGUCUCGAGGAUCAGGAGGGGCAUCAGGCUCUACAGAGGAGCGUCUGCGAGCAGAGCUGUUGUUAGAGCGUUGUCAGAGCCAGGUCCAGGCUACGGCCUUCGAGCAGGAGAGACAGACGUGGCAGACAGAGAAGGAGAAAGUCAUCUGCUACCAGAGAGAGCUGCAGGCCAGCUACCUGGACAUGUACCACCACAACCAACUACUGGAGAGAGAACUAUACCAGCUCAGAGGAGGAGGAACGCUGGAGAGGGAACUGCAAGAUGUGAGGGGAGGAAGAGGAGAGAUGGGAGAUUACAGUAACGAGUCACUGGAAAGGGAAGUGCAGGAGGUUAGGAGAGGAAGAGGAGGAGGAGAGAGAGAAAGAGGAGAGGAAGACAGUACCUCCCCUGGUCUUCCCUGGAUAGAGAGGAUAGAAUCGUCUGAGAUUUGA